CAAGUUUACAAAAAGGAAUGUCUGGGCCUAUGGCCAUGGUUAGUUAUCGUGCGGACACCGUGAACUUUACGUAGUACAUUUUUUUUGUUGGACUAAGCACUCGUAGCAGAACACUACUCGCCACAAUGAGCAAGGCCGAGUUAAGCAAGGAUCAGAUGAGGGUGCUGAAGGAAGCGUUCGUUGCAUUCGACAUUGAGAAGAAGGGCAGUAUCUCGCUGGAAGUGGUCGGCACGAUUCUGGAACUAUUAGGAUACGCCUGCUCAGAGGAAGAACUCAAAGAGGUCAUUGAGGAAUACGAUGUUGAUGAGUCCGGGUUGAUAGAGUUUGAAGAGUUCAUCGAAUUAGCAUCGAACUACGUGGAACCCGAUGAAGACUAUGACGUGCUGCGAGAGGAGCUUCGUGAAGUUUUCAUGAUGUACGACAAAGAUGGCAAAGGGUUCAUUCCGGUGGACGCCUUCAAGGGUAUACUGCGGGAGCUGGACGGUGCAGUGCCGGAAACAGAGCUUGACGAUAUCAUAGAUGAAAUAGAUGCCGAUGGCUCUGGAACGGUCGACUUCGAGGAGUUUAUGGAGGUUAUGACAGGUGAAUAAAAGUGAUUUAAGUUGUCAUACACGGUAGGAACGCUGCCGGCUGCCGCUGACGGAUACGGAAAAAUGGCGCUUCAGCAAGCUUCGAAGACAUCCACAGCAAGACAAGCACAGUAAAUCCAGAAAGUCGGUUGGGCACGCAAAUAGCACCAUAUGACAGAAACAGUAUCCUGUCCUACGAGCAUAAUCAUCCGUCAUGAAGGCCUCAUCAUCAGCUACGUUUUGUACUCCUUUUACUAAAUAAUCACACCAACUAUGGAUUGUCUCCGCAGGUCCUCGCGACGAAUGAAACCGUUCAACUGUAAGAAAAGUGUACCGUUGGGGUGCCAUGUCGUUCCAUUAAAUCUAUUUUUCACUCAUACCCAACAAAACACUCACACAAGCACACACUAAACACUCACCUACAAAAUGGUAGAUUCUUACCUUUACCCACACAAUUUACUCAUAACUGGAGACCUGUUACUAGUAUUAGCUGAUAAGCAUUCAAAUUAUCGAGGAAGCAUAUUUCACCAAUGUGUUUAUCAUUCCGAUGAAAGGAGAAACUAUCGCAGAUGAAAUAAAUGCAACUAUGCACUGAUCAAAGAGU